GUGAACCACUGGAACUGAGAGCUCCAGAGAAGCAGUGGUGAUAAAAAGAGGCUUUCAAGAGAAAGCUAGGGAGCCAACAACGCCCUCGUUACCGAAUUGCAAGUCUAUAGAUUCUCAAUGGUCCAGGCUAAUAGCUGAGAGGAGCAGUUUGAGACUGAAUUGAAAUAUUUCCGCGGAAAGACGUUCGGCUAGGGAGCCAGGGAGCCAUGGAGCCGGGAGAAAGAAGCCCUCAGCAGAUAAGGCAAGCGCUGCUUUUCUUUGUUUUCCUGGGAGGGUCUUUGGUGUGUUCAGAGACCUGGCGCUAUUCUGUGGCAGAGGAAAUGGAGGUCGGCUCUUUUAUAGGCAACGUGGUGAAAGACAUAGGUUUGGGCGUGGAAGACCUGGCUGCGCGGGGGGCCAGAGUCAUCUUUGAUGACUAUAAACCAUACAUGCAAUUGGAUCGGCAGACUGGCAACUUGAUCUUAAAUGAGAAACUGGACCGGGAGGCGCUUUGCGAUCUCACCGAGCCAUGCAUAUUAAAUUUCCAGAUAUUAUUAGAAAAUCCUUUGCAAUUUUUUCGAGCUGAGCUUAGGGUCAAAGACAUAAAUGAUCACACUCCCACGUUUCUAGACAAACAUAUACUUCUGAAAAUCUUAGAAAGUACUACUCCAGGAACCUCAUUCCAAAUGGAUAGCGCUCAGGACUUGGAUGUAGGAAAGAAUGCUGUUCAAAACUACACAUUAAGCCCCAAUCCUCAUUUCCACCUUAAACUGCAAGACAGUGAGGAGGGUAGAAAAUACGCAGAGCUGUUGCUGGACCAACCUCUGGAUCGAGAAAAGGAGCCUGAACUUAGAUUAACACUAACAGCCCUGGAUGGUGGGUCUCCGCCCAGGUCUGCAACUGCACUGGUGCGUGUGUUGGUCUCAGAUAUCAAUGACAAUGCCCCAGAGUUUGAGAGGUCUGUCUAUGAGGUUUUGGUACCAGAAAACAGCCCUCUGGACUCCUUGGUCGUCAAGGUGUCUGCUACAGAUUUAGAUGCAGGACUAAAUGGAGAACUAUCUUAUUCAUUUUCCCACGUCUCCAGAGACAUACGGAAAACAUUUGAAAUCCAUCCCAUUUCUGGCGAAGUCCGUUUAAAAGCACUUCUGGAUUUCGAGUUAAUUAAGUCUUAUACAAUAAAUAUUCAGGCCAUUGACGGUGGGAGCCUUUCAGGAAAAUCAGCAAUUUUAGUUAGUGUUGUAGAUGUGAAUGACAACCCACCAGAAAUAGUCAUAACAUCUCUUACCAGCCCCAUACCGGAAAAUUCGUCACCUGACAUGGUAGUCGCUGUUUUUAGCCUACGAGACCAAGACUCUGGGGACAACGGGAGGAUGGUUUGCUCAAUUCAGGACAAUCUCCCCUUUCUCUUGAAGCCUACCUUCAAAAAUUUCUACACCCUGCUAACAGAGAGCCCUCUAGACAGAGAGAAAAGAGCCGAGUACAACAUCGCCAUCACCGUCACUGACAUGGGAACCCCCAGGCUGAAAACCGAGCACAACAUAACCGUGCUGGUGUCCGACGUCAACGACAACGCCCCCGCCUUCACCCAGACCUCCUACACCCUGUCCGUCCGCGAGAACAACAGUCCCGGCCUGCACAUCGGCAGCGUCCGCGCCACAGACAGAGACGCGGGCGCCAACGCCCAGGUCACCUACUCGCUGCUGCCGCCCCUCGACGCGCACGUGCCCCUGGCCUCCCUGGUGUCCAUCAACCCAGACAACGGCCACCUGUUCGCCCUGAGGUCCCUGGACUACGAGGCCCUGCGGGCGUUCGAGUUCCGCGUGGGCGCCGCCGACCGCGGUUCGCCCGCGCUCAGCAGCCAGGCGCUGGUGCGCGUGCUCGUGGCGGACGACAACGACAACGCGCCCUUCGUGCUGUACCCGCUGCAGAACGCCUCGGCGCCCUUCACCGAGCUGGUGCCCAGGGCGGCCGAGGCGGGCUACCUGGUGACCAAGGUGGUGGCGGUGGACGGCGACUCGGGCCAGAACGCCUGGCUGUCGUACCAGCUGCUCAAGGCCACGGAGCCCGGGCUGUUCGGCGUGUGGGCGCACAACGGCGAGGUGCGCACGGCCCGGCUGCUGAGCGAGCGCGACGCGGCCAAGCACAGGCUGCUGGUGCUGGUCAAGGAUAACGGCGAGCCGCCGCUCUCGGCCAGCGUCACGCUGCACGUGCUGCUGGUGGACGGCUUCUCGCAGCCCUACCUGCCGGCCCCGGAAGCGGAAGCGGCGGACGCGGCCUCGGCCGCCCCUCUCACCGUCUACCUGGUGGUGGCCUUGGCGUCGGUGUCGUCGCUCUUCGUCUUCUCGGUGCUGGUGUUCGUCUCGGUGCGGCUGUGCAGGAGGGGCGGGGGAGCCUCGGUGGGUCGCUGCUCGGUGCCCGAGGGCCACUUUCCGGGCCACCUGGUGGACGUCAGCGGCACGGGGACCCUGUCCCAGAGCUACCAGUACGAGGUGUGUCUGAAGGGGGGCUCUGGGACCAGCGAGUUCAACUUUCUGAAGUCUGUUGCCUCCAAUCACCAAGAGUCUGUAAAUGAUGUAGAGGAAAACUCAAACUUUAUAAAUCGUUUUGGAUUCAAUUAGGAAUUUUUUGGUUUUUCAGAGCAUUCGGGAUGAAAGUUAGUUUUCUCUAAAUAUACCGUUUCCAUUAGCCUUUUGGGCCAUAAAGAAUUUAUUGAUUUUUUUUUCUGAUUUCAUUUUGCUAGUUAAGGAGAUUAGAAAUUUUAUUUGAGAAUAUACUCAUACUUACUCUAUUAUUUCUAUUUUGAUGGAAACAAAGAACUUUCAAUUUUACUUCAUUACUGAAAAGUCAUGAAUAUUUGUUAGUUUUUCAGUUUUUCAUCAUCAAGCACUAUUGAUUUGAAGGUGACCCCAAACCCAUUCUCUGAUUGUUGUCCAGAAACUUUUUCUAAAUUUUUGAUGUUGUGGUUACUUAGGAGAUGAGCAUGAUACAAAUAUAAUGAAUUAUUAGUAAAUCUUCUGUUUAAUCUGAUAUUAUGCCUCCUUGUCUUAAACUUUUAAAUGGAGAAAUAUCUGAAAAAACGGCAUGUUUUUGUUUCACAGUAGUAUUAAAUGGAAAAGACUACAAUUUAUCCUAUACUUAAAGGUGUUUUCUCUUUUUUUAUCAACCUGCAGUAUAUAAUAUAUGAGUAGUAUUGAAAGAUUAUUAGGUUAUUUUAGGAUAUUUAAAUAAUAGAUUCCUUUUGUGGUGUCUGUCUAGCCCACCCCAUCUUUUUCUGGAAACUUCUCUCUUCAGUAAAAAUGUACUGUUGCAGCCAUGUUUAUUUUAUAUGACCCAUCUCCCUCUGUGAUUUCAAACAACAAGACAAGGUGGUAGACAUUACUGAUCCAAACUGACCCAAUCUCAUUAUCUAUGCUUAAAAAAAUGACUUUAGAAACUGGUUAUAGUAUCUCUGUUAGACACUUAGCAAGAAAGUGAUACCAUGUUGGCUAAAUACAUGAAAGAAGCACAGAAAGCCAAUCUACUUAGAGACAAAAAGGAAGGAGAUGCCUCAUUGUGGAUUUUCCAGUUGCUCCCAAAUGUACUUUCUCUCUUGAGCUUUUGGAAAUAAAUAUGAAAUUUUUAAAUAAAUUUCCCUCUAAAUAAGAUAGCUAAGUGGAUUUGUUCUCUUAUCAAAAGCACUUUUAGAUAUGCUUGCAUGGAUUGGACCUUACUAUUAAUUUGAGAUGUUAAAAACUGUGGUUUUCAUAUUAAUGUAAUAUUUAGGAUCAAAAGGUUGUGGAAUAUUAGUAGUCUGUAAGGGACAAGAACAAGCGUUUGUUAGAAUAUACAAUUUUGAGAAGAAUUGAUGGAUAUAUCCAAACUGUACAGUCUUUGGAGUGUUUAAUAGAAAUUAGAAAUUCUUAGCAAAUUCUAUUAUAUAAGAGUUUUUGAAUAUCAUUAGUGUCAUAAUAGCUUUACUGCAAAAUAACACUGAUAAUGUAAAAAUGUGGUCUAAGAGAUGUAUGCCUUAUUUGUAGGCUCAUUAUAGCCUUGUUAUUAUGUUCUUUCUUUUUUAAAAUAUAUUCCUUUGCUUAGGGGAACCAGGGUAUUUUGUCAUUCAGUGAAAAAAAAUUUUAGAUCAUUUUGAAUUAUUUCAAGUUACUAUUCAAAGGAGCAUAGAAAAAAAGUCACUUGAGAACAUGCUGUCUUGUUUAUUUAGCUCAUACAAUGAACUAGGAUGUUAGCAAAA